ACCAUUCGAAACCUCGUUUUAGAGCCAAAAUGCGUUCGCUUUCCACAUUUUAGACCUGCAAAACAAAUCCCCAAAAAAUGGCGGGAAAAGAAGAAAAUUUACCGCCUUCUACUUCUUCCAGAUCGAAAAUGGAGGAUUCUAGAGUUUCUCCACUAUGUUGGCGAAAGCAGGUGGACGAUAACCUGAAACGGCUGCACUCGCUUCAGUUCGGCGUCGAUUUGGCUCUUGAAAGGCGCGACUUCGCAGCAGCUCAAGUUCUCGGCCUUCGCCUUCUCGGCUUUAUUGAAUCCCGUUCUCUCACCGACAUCGAUGAGGCCCUCACUAGACCGAUCCGCCGUGACGCCAUCUCCAAGCUCGACACCGUUCGCCAAUCCCUCUUUCCCGAGUCCGAUCGGCGGGCAUUUGAACAGGCAGGUAGAGCUCCUGGCCAUGUUUUCGACAGUAAAGGAGAUAUUGACAUUGAGAAGGUUAAACAAUCAAAACAUUUCCGUGCUCUUCUUCAGCAAUAUAAUAUAAGGCCAUUACAUGGAAUGGGAGACCAACUGGAUAGGAAGGACAAGUUGAGCUGCAAGACAUCAAAGGUCAUGACACAGGCAAAGCUGACAUCCUUGUAUGGAAACAAUAUCAUGAAAGCAAAUAUUGGUUCUCACAAGAGUUCUUUGAACUCCAAAAGCAACACCUCGGAUGAUUGCAUGAUAGUAGAAAGAGCUUAUUCAUAUAACAACCAUUCUAAAGGUCACGGGCUCUCUGCUUAUAUAAAAAAUGAAGAGGAAGAAAGAGGCUCUGGAAAUGCUUUGGGAUCAAAACGUUCACAUGAAGAAAUCAGGAGCCCCAGAAAUGAGAGUGCAAUGUCACCCCCAAGCAAUGAUGAAGCUAGCACAGACGUUUCUGGCAAUGGAUUUGUAACUGCAAGAGCAAAACUGGAAAUGGAUGCACGGCAAAAGAGAGGGUUGAUGGGAUCCCCUAGUGCAUCUGUCUCCCCACAAAGUGAAAAUGCAAACAGGAGUUAUGGGGGUAGAUCAUAUGGCUUUUCACGACGUGGCAUCCGUGGUAACUUUGUUCCUCCUAUAAAAUCAAAUGGAGGCAACACUGGAAAUAUGACUACACGAGCCACAGGAAAGGAUGAUGCAUUAGACGACUCAACAAGGAGAUGUCUGGAGAUAUUAUGCGGUCCUGACGGUGAGCUUCCUGAAAAAUUGAGAAAUUUGGAACCUCGUCUUAUUGAACAUGUUAGUAAUGAGAUUAUGGAUCGGGAUCCUAAUGUACGAUGGGAUGACAUUGCUGGCUUGGAGCAUGCCAAAAAAUGUGUGACUGAGAUGGUCAUAUGGCCAUUAUUACGUCCUGACAUAUUUAAAGGUUGUCGUUCUCCAGGCAAAGGUCUUCUUCUUUUUGGUCCACCGGGAACAGGAAAAACAAUGAUAGGAAAAGCUAUUGCUGGAGAGGCAAAAGCAACCUUUUUCUACAUAUCUGCAAGCUCAUUGACAAGCAAGUGGAUUGGUGAAGGUGAAAAAUUAGUCAGGGCACUGUUUGGCGUUGCCAGUUGCCGUCAGCCUGCUGUAAUUUUUGUUGAUGAAAUAGAUUCACUCCUGUCUCAGCGUAAGUCAGAAGGUGAACAUGAAUCAAGUAGAAGACUCAAAACUCAGUUCCUUAUUGAAAUGGAAGGCUUUGACAGUGGUAGUGAGCAAAUUCUACUGAUAGGAGCAACAAAUCGACCCCAAGAACUUGAUGAAGCUGCACGGAGGCGACUUACAAAAAGACUUUACAUCCCCUUACCUUCAUCAGAAGCAAGAGCCUGGAUUGUACGUAACCUUCUGGAGAAGGAUGGUCUAUUCAAGCUGUCAAAAGAGGAAAUUGAUACCAUAUGCAAUCUGACCGAAGGAUAUUCAGGUUCAGACAUGAAAAACUUAGUCAAGGACGCAUCUAUGGGUCCAUUGAGAGAAGCUCUUAAACAAGGAAUAGAAAUCACGAAGCUGAAAAAAGAGGAUAUGCGGCCAGUUACCCUUCAGGAUUUCGAAAAAGCUUUGCAAGAAGUGAGACCCUCUGUUUCAUUGAGUGAACUCGGUACAUAUGACGAAUGGAACAAACAAUUUGGAAGCUUAUCACUUUAGGUUAGUCUUAUUACUGCGUGAAAAAAAAAGGAAAAGGAAAAAAGAAAGUAAAAAAAGAUUACACCAUUGAAUGUUGAUCCCUAUGAGAAUUGUUCAUAACAUCUCAAAUAUUUGUAGUAUACAAAUUAAUACACAUAAAUUUGCUUCUAAAA